GUUGCCAGUGACCGAGGCGUGGACGGUAAAGGGAGGACGCCAUCCGGGGCCGCUGCGGGACGACCCGCCCAGGUCAGGGGGACACCAUCCCCGCCCCCAGCCGGGGCUUCCUCUCCAGCCCAUCGCGUCAUCUGGCGGGACUGUGCAGUUCCCGUCUGGGUCCGCCGGAGGGCGCCCGGGGUGAAGCAGGGGACACCCUCCUGCCGCGAAGGCUGCAACCCCGGGGGUCCACCGCGUGGGGUGUGCGGCUGAGGUCCGCGCGUGGCCCGAGGGUCGCGGAGCCGGGAUCCAGGGGCGCCGGGAUUCCAGGAUGAGCGCCCAGGCCAUGUCCGCCGCGGGGCUGGAGGCAAUGCGGUCACCCGGAUCCUCUCUCGCCCGUCAUCGCCAGGCUAGGGGUCGCCGCUCCGGGGGUGCAUCUGCAGCAGGUGUCUGAUCCUGGGCGCCCAGGGAUGGGGCGGAGGAGAGGACACCCGAGCGGCCGGGCCCGAGGGAGGGGCGCGGGGACCCCGAGGGCGCGGGAACCCCCAGGCUGCAGGGCACGCCCCCUCCCUUUUGCCCGCCGUGGCCCCGCCCCAGCCACGCCCAGGCCCCGCCCCUCCCCGACCGAGCUCGGGAGUCCCGGGGCCUCCGCUGCUGCCCUGCGCCCGCCAUGCGCGCCGCCUGGCUGCUACAGCUGCUGCUGCUCCUGAGGCCGUGGCUCCAAGCUACGGGUGCCGUGGAGACACCACUGCCCACCGUGGUCCUCGCCAUCCUGGCCCGCAAUGCCGAGCACUCUCUGCCCCACUACCUGGGCGCGCUGGAGCGAAUGGACUACCCCCGAGCCAGGCUGGUCCUCUGGUGUGCCACUGAUCACAACGUGGACAACAGCACAGAGAUGCUGCAGGAGUGGCUGGCAGCUGUGGGUGGUGACUAUGCGGCUGUUGUCUGGAGGCCUGAGGAGGCCAGAGCCUACCCUGAUGAACAAGGUCCCAAGCACUGGACCAAAGAAAGGCACCAGUUUUUGAUGGAGUUGAAGCAGGAGGCACUGACCUUUGCCAGGAGCUGGGGAGCUGACUAUAUCCUGUUCUCAGACACAGACAACAUUCUGACCAACAACCAGACCCUGCGGCUUCUCACGGAGCGGGGACUGCCAGUGGUGGCCCCAAUGCUGGACUCCCAGACCUACUACUCUAACUUCUGGUGUGGGAUCACCCCACAGGGCUACUACCGCCGCACUGCUGAUUACUUCCCCACCAAGAAUCGCCAGCGCCGGGGCUGCUUCCAGGUCCCCAUGGUCCACUCUACCUUCCUGGUGUCCCUGCGGGCUGAGGGGACAUCCCAGCUGGCCUUCUACCCACCUCAUCCCAACUACACUUGGCCCUUUGAUGACAUCAUUGUCUUCGCCUAUGCCUGUCGGGCUGCUGGGGUCUCAGUGCACGUGUGUAAUGAACACCGUUAUGGGUACAUGAACGUGGCAGUGAAGCCCCACCAGGGGCUGGAAGAUGAGAAGACCAACUUCAUCCACCUCAUUUUGGAAGCACUAGUGGAUGGGCCCCCCAUGCAGGCCUCAGCUCACGUGUCUCAGCCACCAAAGAAGCCUGGAAAGAUGGGGUUUGAUGAGAUCUUUGUCAUCAGCCUGGCCCGCAGACCCAAGCGCAGGGAGCGCAUGCUGAGCUCACUCUGGGAGAUGGAGAUCUCUGCACGGGUAGUAGAUGCUGUGGAUGGCAGGAUGCUCAACAGCAGUAUCCUCAGGCACCUGGGUGUGGACCUGCUCCCAGGCUACCAGGAUCCCUACUCGGGCCGCACGCUGACCAAGGGUGAGGUGGGCUGCUUUCUCAGCCACUACUCCAUCUGGGACGAGGUAGUUGCCAGGGGCCUGGCCCAGGUUGUGGUGUUCGAGGAUGAUGUGCGCUUUGAGGGGAACUUCCAGAGGCGCUUGGAGCAGCUGAUGGAGAGUGUGACAGCCCAGAAGCUUCCAUGGGAUCUGAUCUACCUCGGCCGGAAGCAAGUGAACCCUGAGGAGGAGAUGGCCGUGGAGGGGCUUCCAGGCCUAGUGGUGGCUGGGUACUCCUACUGGACCCUGGCAUAUGUCCUGAGCCUGGCAGGGGCGCACAAACUGUUGGCCUCCCAGCCUCUGCGCCGAAUGCUACCUGUGGACGAGUUCCUGCCCAUCAUGUUUGACCAGCACCCCAAUGAGCAGUACAAGGCACACUUCUGGCCAAGGGACCUCCAGGCCUUCUCAGCCCGGCCCCUGCUUGCCUCCCCUACUCACUAUGCGGGGGAUGCAGACUGGCUCAGUGACACAGAAACAUCCUCCCCCUGGGAUGAUGACAGUGGCCGCCUCAUCAGCUGGACUGGCUCUCAGAAGACGCUUCGUGGCCCCGACCUGGAUCUGGCUGGCAGCAGUGGACACAGCCUCCAUCCCCACCCCAGGGAUGAGCUCUAGGUCCAAGUGGAGGCUCCAAACGGUUGCAGAAGCAGAGCAGGACACAGUUGACAGGAGCCACAGAACCAGCUGAACUGUCACCUUGGGCUCAGCCACACCUCCACUCUCUGGAUGCAUCCCUGAUUGGGAGAACCACCCAGAGACAGAGUCCAUUCCCUACAGGUCACAUGAGAAAAGACAGGGCAGAUUCAGAGCCCAGUGGGAUGGGGAGGAAGGGAGGUCUCAGCCUUUUGGUUUCAAGCUGAACAGACCCCAGAGUCCUUCCCUCCCCGAAGACUCAGCUGUUGGGGCCUCUCUGCCCCCAUCUACCUCCACCUCUCCCCUUCCCUGGCACCACAUCUCGGGCUCACCAGCAUCCUCUUCCUUGGCUGGUGGAAAGUGCAGAGGAAGGUGAGAGGUGGUCCUGGCAUACCUGGUGCUCUGCACACAGUAGGCCUUCAAUAAAAGCCCACUGCCUUGGCACUUUAUCCUUCA